UACCAUACCUGGCAAAACGCUCUUCGUGGUAAAAGAGAAAAAAUUUUGCUUUUGGACAAUGAAGACAAUUUACGCCUUAGCAUGCCUGUUAUUGGCUAUAACAGUUACCAGUGCGGCCAAAUUGGAUAUAACUUCGGAUGUAGCAUUGAAUUGUGAAGGUCCCUGCUGUGGCAUUUCCACUGGUUAUGCAGUUGAUUCGCAAGAUCCAGCUGUCUUUUACACAUGUCGUCAAAAUUCCGUCACCAACAGAUGGUCUUGCAAAGACAAUCAGGUAUUCAAUAUUGACACGAAGAAUUGUGAACCAUCGGGCAGAUCGGCAAGAGAUGUGGGAACUGAACCAUGUUCUGAUACAACAACGACACCACCAUGUACUACAACAGCAAGUACUACGACAAAGACAACAACACCGGUAACGACAACAACGACAAAAGCCACGACUACUACAACCACCACCACCACCACGACCACAACCACCACCACUAAAACGACUACUACUACAACCACCACCACUACAACAACAAAAUGUACUACAACAACAACAACAACCACCACCACUAAAACGACUACUACUACAACGACAACAACAACUACUACAACCACCACAACAAAAACCACAACGACAACAACCACCACAACCACCACUACAACAACAACUUGUACUACAAACACAACUACGACUACUACCACAACAACCACCACAACGACUACCACCACAACGACCACCACCACAACGACUACCACCACAACAACUACAACGACCACUACAACCACAACCACAACAACAACCACCACUACAACAACAUCUUGUACUACAACCACAACCACCACAACGACCACCACCACAACAACUACAACCACGACUACAACCACGACUACAACCACGACUACAACCACGACUACAACCACAACCACCACAACAACUACCAAAACGACAACAACAACCACAACAACGACAACUACCACUACGACUACAACUACCAGAACUACUACAACGACAACCCCUUGUACCACAACGACAACUACCACUACGACUACAACUACCAGAACUACUACAACGACAACCCCUUGUACCACAACGACAACUACUACUACAACCACAACGACAACUACCACUACAACCACAACUACUACAACAACAACUACCACCAAAACAACGACAACAACUACUACAACGACCACUAAAACAACUACCACGACAACCACAGCUUGUACAACGACUACUACCAAAACAACCACAACUACAACAAAAACAACUACCACCAAAACAACUACAACAACAACUACUACCAAACCAACCACAACUACAACAAAAACAACUACCACGACAACCACAGCUUGUACUACAACUACUACCAAAACAACUACUACUACAACAACAACUACUACCAAAACAACCACAACUACCACAAAAACAACUACUACCAAAACAACUACAACAACAACUACUACGAAACCAACCACAACUACAACAAAAACAACUACCACGACAACCACAGCUUGUACUACAACUACUACCAAAACAACUACUACUACAACAACAACUACUACCACAAAAACAACUACUACCAAAACAACUACAACAACAACUACUACCAAACCAACCACAACUACAACAAAAACAACUACCACGACAACCACAGCUUGUACUACAACUACUACCAAAACAACAACAACAACUACUACCAAAACAACUACAACUACUACCAAAACAACUACAACUACUACCAAAACAACAACAACAACCACUAGGACUACUACCUGCACUACAAUAGUUAUAACAACAACUCCCUGCACCACUACAACUGUAGCUCCAUGUGCUUCUUCGGAUACAAACUUUGCUGCUGCUGCAGAUGCCAAUCUCUUUGCUCCACCCCAAGCCGUUAAGGCCACCAUUGAUUUGUAUUUGCGUUCAGUGUGCCAAAACAAACCGAAUAACUUUAAAUUCGCCUCUAUGAAGAGUUGUAGCGAAUAUUACGUUUGUAGCAAUGGAGCUGCCAUUGUUGCUAGCUGCAGUCCAAACUAUUUCAACUCUUUGACUGGUAUGUGUGAUUUGCCAGAAAAUACCGAUUGUGUCCCAUCUCAAUUGUUUAACAAUCGCAUCUAGAAAGUGUCAAUUCUGCUUUCUGUAGAGGAAAAGAAAAAAU